AUUUAAUCUUUGUUCUAUUUCUAAAGAUUAUCCAGGCCUUGACAGUUACCUUCCACUGUGAACAUUGUGCUGAUAUCCGAGCUGCGUUAUGGCUAGCCUUGUGCUUCUACCGUUUGCGCUGCUUGUCAUAGGAUGGUAUAGAUGGCAAAAAAGUAGAAAAGACAACAGCUUUUACCAAUCAAUACCAUUCGUUGGUGUUCGAGAAGGUGAAUGGUUUGCAUGGACUAGAGCACAACUGCGUAGCUUUUCGAAAACAGAAGAGUGGAUGAAUGAGGGAUACCAGAAGUAUUCACGACACAAUCAACCCUUUAUCAUCCCUUCGUUCAGAAAAGGCAAAGUCCUUAUUCUUCCUCCUGCCCAACUGAAAGCCAUCUACGGCAAACGCGAGAAUGAGCUGCAAGCCCACGAUCUAGCCUCAGAAGCUUUGUCAUUUGGAUGGACAAUUCGCGAUCGAGAAGUUUAUCCGAGCAAUUACACUGUCGAUGUGAUUCGGAAGUGGAUCACCAAAAGAUUUGACGAGCUCGCAGCUGAAUUGCAAGAGGAAUUAUGCAUUGCUGUGGAUGAACAAUUCGGCAUGAGCCAAGAGUGGAAAGAGGUAAAGCUCUGGCCAGCUGUGCAAAGAAUAUUUACCCGGGGCUUAAACAGAGUUCUUGUGGGAUUUCCAUUGUGCAGAGACGCAGCGUUCCUUGAGACUAUGCGGCGGUUUGCUAUCGACAUGCCAUUCCAAGGUUUAUUCAUUACACUGGUUCCGAAAGUCCUCAAGCCAAUCUUGGCUCCGUUGAUAUCGUGGAAUGCUAGACGGGACACUGAGGCAGGGAUCAGAUCUUGUAUUCCAAUUAUACAAGAUUAUCUGAACGCUAAUCAGAACCCUACACAAGAGAAGCCGGUCAACAUCCUCCAAUGGAUUAUAGAAGCCAGCGCCGCAACUGGCGAUCCGUCUCAACUCGAUGCUCACCGCAUAGGCCAUCGAAUGAUGAUCCUCAACUUCAAUCUUGUGCAAGGCGGGUCAAUUCCCUUUAGUACUGUUCUCAGCGACAUAUGCAACCGCGAACACGCUGCCUCGACCUUUUCGCAACUCCGUGACGAAGCGACAUCGGUUCUGGCUUCUACUAAGAUCUGGGAUCGGGCCACUGUCUCUAAACUCGUUCUCGCCGACUCAGCAAUCCGCGAAUCGAUGCGUUGGUCCGAUUUUGGCCUCUUUGCUCUCCCACGUCGCAUCAAUUCUCCCGGUAUAACUCUCGACCAUGGUAUUCACGUUCCUCCCGGUGUUCAUAUUGAAAUCCCGAUGCAUAGCAUGCACAUGGACGAUAGCUUCUACGCAGAUGCAGGUUCUUUCAAGCCGUUUCGCUUUGCUGAUGGAACUUCUACGUCUCGUUCUGCCGUGACUCUUGACGAGAGCUUCCUUGGCUUCGGUUAUGGAAAGAACGCAUGCCCGGGGCGUUUCUUUGGCUCGCACAUCAUGAAGGUCGUUCUGGCCUAUUUGGUUAUUAAUUAUGACGUGAAGUUUGGGGAUGAAGAGCCUCCAAUGAAGACUAUGUGGGAAUAUAGAAUUCCAAGGGAGAGCACUGCCAUCAGGAUUCGCAGAAGGAUACAAGCGCGUAACUAGACUCACGCUCUAGAAGAGUAGGCGCUGUACUGUCUCCUGGCUGUAAGGUACUUGAAUAGAUACCAAAUCUCAAGGGUAGUUAGAUAACUGUUCUAUGCGAUCAUAGUAAGAAAAUCCAACAAGUCUACUAAUGUUAGCCCAGAUAAAAUAUCAAGGUUGGCUACACAACGUCUGCCAGUCCUGUACAGCAUCAAAUGAUGUUUCCUGGCUUCUCAAAAGUACAUGAGUCUCAUCUCAACCUUGAGCUCAAGUUCGCCGACACACUGAAACAAUUAAACAUUUCAAGUCAUAGGAAAGGUCGGUCGUUCAACUGGAGCCCUAUUGUUGUACCUAGUAAGUACGUCUGGCUGAGGCAAAAAAAGAUAUUGAGCUAAAGCAUCCAACAUAUACUUAGGAUAU